CGUACGGUUUUAGUGGUGUUUGCUGAUAAACAAAGCUCUCCGGCGGAAUAACUUGUGUGAAAAAUAAUAAAAUGACUACUAAAAUCGAUCAAAAGGAGUACUUGAAGAAAUAUCUUUCCAACGACAAAGAUAAAAAGAAGAAGAAGAAAAAGGAGAAGAAAUCCGUGGGAAAGGCAAACGUACGGAUCAUCGAUGAUGAUUUGGAUUUAUCAAAACUCCAGAGCAUACAAGAAGACGAGGUAGAUAUGUUCGGCCUUGGGGAAGAGGCACCCCAGGUGGUUGGAAUCAUAGACGAGCGGCCGCCAGAGAUGCGUGCCAAGGAGGACUUUGGCAGCAACAAGUGGAAAGUGAUAGCAUCAACUGAUGGGUUCGAUACAACGCUAGAGGUGAAAGAUGUUAGCAGACGUCAGGUUGGUCCGGAGAUGAGUUUCAACAUCGGUGAUUCGAAGAUCUCGACUAACCCCAGCGGCUCUGGUAGGAGAAACCGGAAAGAUUCCGAUGAAAGUCCUCCACGUAGGAAGCACGAUUCCGAUGAAAGUCCUCCUCGAAGAAAGCUGCACGACAUCGGACAAUCUAGAAAAGGCGUACGGCGGGAUGAUUCUGAUGAAAGUCCUCCCAGAAAAUCAAAGCAUUCUGCGAUGGUUAGCAAAACAAAUCGACACAGCAAUCGAGACGAUUCGGACAACAGUCCGCCGAGAAAACCUCGAAAGCAUGAUUCGGAAACAAGUUCCUCCAGAAGGCAUCGCGCUGAAGAGAAACAGUCUGAACGAAGCAGACUUCGUCAGGAUUCAGACGAAAGUCCACCAAGAAGGCAGCGAAAUCAGGAAAAUAAAUCAGAACGAGGUAGACAACGUCAGGAUUCAGACGAAAGUCCACCAAGAAGGCAGCGCCAUCAGGAAAAUAAAUCAGAACAAAAGAGACUACGUCAGGAUUCAGAUGAAAGUCCACCAAGAAGACAGCGUAAUGAGGAACGAGGGAGACAGCGCCAGGAUUCAGAUGAAAGCCCGCCUAGAAGGCAGCGUGCGGAGGGACAAAAGUCGGAACGAAGCAGACAUCGUCAAGAUUUAGGUAAAAGUCCUCCCAGACAACAGUGGACAGAGGCAACGAAAUCGGAACGAAACAAACAGCGUCAGGAUUCGGAUGAAAGCCCUCCAAGGCGUCACUCCGAGAAAGAUUCGGACAAAAGACGACCCAGGAACCCGGAUGAUGAUAAAAAACGAGGGGGAAGAUCAUCUCCUGUUCGCAAUCAGCGAAGCGAUUCUGAUGAAAACCCUAGACAGAGAAAUAGAGGUGACAAACCUUCAUCCAGAGGUCCAAGAAAUAGGCAUUAUUCCGACGAAAGCCCACCCCGACGGGGAGAGUCCAAGCAGAAGCCAAGCAAUUCACAUCGUGAAAUCGAAAAAAACGUUCAGCGCAGUCGUGGUGGACGCAGAGAUUCAGAUGAAAGUCCUCCAAGGCGUAAACGGCGUGAAUCACCGGAAGCUCCGACUCGCAAGAGUGCUAAAAACCUUGCCCGUGGAAAUUCACCCGGUCCGUCGGUGCGCGUGAGGCAGGAAAAUAAUCGUUCCGAUUCGGAUGUCUCUCCACCGAGGCGGCCGACAAGAUCUGAUCGCCGUGAUUCAGCCGAAAGUUCUCCGAGACGAAGACGUGGUACGUCCCGUGUCCAUCCACCGGUGCGCAUAAAGGAGGAACCAUCGAGUGAUGAUGAAUCGGUUCCGCGGGAUGGCGCCAACGUAAGGAUGACUAAGACACUUGAAGGGAAACAAGCCGGACUGCAGGACGCGAAGACGUUGCGCGAGGAAAACGAAAUGCACAGACGUCGGGAGCAGGAAGCGUUCGAUCAGCUGCGGGAAGAACACAGCGGACGUUUCGCGGAGACGGUGGUACGACAAAAAUCGGGCCGUCGAAAGGACAUCGAGAAGGAGCUACGUGAAGAGUUUGAAAAGCGUAAACAUGAGGAAAAAAAGAAGGAAAUCUACACCCGCUGGGGGAAGGGAGUGAAGCAGGUGGAAGAAUACAACACACGGUUGCAGGAGGCUGCCCAAGAGAUGGAUAAACCCUUGGCCCGCUACGCCGACGAUAAGGAUCUCGAUAACCACUUAAAGCAACAGGAGCGCGACGGUGAUCCGAUGCUGGAAUACUUGCGUAGCAAGAGGAAGGAAGAAAAUAGGAAGGCAGGGAUACCGGAAAAGCCCACGUAUCAGGGUGCGUUCCCCGAUAAUCGUUUCGGCAUAAGACCGGGCUACCGGUGGGAUGGUGUGGAUCGAUCGAACGGAUUCGAGAAGCGCUGGUUCGAGACGACGAGCAAGAAAAAGGCCACUGAGGAAGAAGCUUACAAGUACAGCGUGGAAGAUAUGUGAACGGGUUGGCUGGAGGAUGAUUUUGUUUACAGUGGGACAUCAAAUAAAUGGCACCAUCUUUCUUUCAAUAUGGUUUUAUGUA